UGGAACCUGACAUCCCACAUGGGCAGGCAAGGGCUCUACUAAAGUUAAGUCAAAGCUGCCAUUGUUCUAGAGGAAGAAAGGUAUGACCUAGUCGAGGGCCAGACUUUGACAGUGAAGUGUCCCUUCAACAUCAUGAAGUACGCCAGCAGCCAGAAGGCUUGGCAGAGGCUACCAGAUGGGAAGGAACCCUUGACCUUGGUGGUCACACAGAGGUCCUUUACAAGACCCAGUGAAGUCCACAUGGGGAAGAUCACCCUGAAAGAUGACCCUACCGAGGCCAUGCUCCACGUUCAAAUGACUGACCUUCAAGUGACAGACUCUGGAUUGUAUCGUUGUGUGAUUUACCAUCCUCCGAAUGACCCUGUUGUGCUCUUCCAUCCUGUCCGCCUGGUGGUGACCAAGGGUUCUUCAGAUGUGUUCACUCCUGACAUCAUUCCUACUACAAGGCUGACAGAGCGUCCCAUCCUUAUUACCACAAAACACUCACCCAGUGACACAACUACAACCCGAUCCCUACCCCAGCCCACUGCUAUUGUUUCCUCUCCUGAUCCUGGAGUCACCGUCAUAAAUGGGACAGGUGCUGACAGUGUCUCCACAUCCAGUGUUACUAUUUCAGUCAUCUGUGGACUUCUCGGCAAGAGCCUGGUUUUCAUCAUCUUAUUCAUUGUCACAAAGAGGUCAUUUGGAUGACAGAACUUGAAGCUAUACAAUAGUGACCUUCAGCGGUGUCUAUUUCACAGGAGGAGCCGAGGUGGUAGGGCUGAGGAGGAGCUAUGACAUGAAUUGAACCUGUAAUCACGGGUGACAUCUAAGGCUCAGGAUAUCCUCAGCUGACCCUGCCCACUCUCCUCAUUUUAUCCAUCAUCUAGGGGAGGUGCUCUGCACCCUUAGAAAAGGGGAAAACAUUCCCAGCACACUCUGGCCAUUCCCCCUAAAUAGUUGGACUGGCCUGAAAUAAAGAGAAACCCCAGAGCUUCCCCCUGCCUCUUGUUGUGGGAGUCAAGAAGAUUGCAGGUCACCACUGAUAUCCCCACCUCUUGUCCUUCUCCUGGAUGGUAUAAUUCUAGUCAUUUUAGCAGGGCCCUUGCUCAUGAAGCAGCCUGCCCUCCUACCCUCUGGGGCCUUCCUCUCUGGGAGUCAGACACUCAGAUUUCUGUCUGCAUCUGUGGUCCUCUGAACACUCCCAACCAUGGACCAAGAAGACAUGAUCCUACCUUGACAAUAAUGCAACUGGGAGAGAGAAAUCAAGUUAAGCUGGAUGCUGUUGCCUGGGAAACACCUGGAAGAGAUAGUAUCCGUAGCAUUGGAUCAGUACAUGGAGGGAAUCAACAUGCUGUGUGCAUUUUAUUAUUGACUUCUCAAGUGCAUGAGGGUUAAAGUGUAUGUGAUCAGAGUAAGGCCACUGAGGUAGCAGGCCAUCACAUCCUGGCAGAAAUGAAAUCUAGAGAGUUCCCUUACUCAAGGGCUCCAGAGUCAGGGAGAUGGGGAGCCAGACUCUGCUGCUAGCUGAAUGCCUUUUUGCCUGGACUGAGACAGGGUCUAGCAUGGCAGGGGGGCAGGAUCCUAUCUCAGACUGCCCCCUGUGUGCCUCUACCUCCCACUCACCUUCCUUCACCUCUCAGUCUCAGCCUGGGUACCCUGUGGCUCCAGUGUUUUCUCUAGGGCACACUGGCAUUUGCUUGUUUCCACCUCUUUGGGGGCUACAGACAUUGAUCCUGUGGGUGGGAAAAGGAUGGUAUAUCAAUUCCUUCUACGUCAGCAGUGGUGGGAACCAACUUCAUCGUAAGGUUCCCAAGAGCAAACCGCAUCACCACAAAGCAUCCAGCUCACUUGAUCGCACCCAGAAGGCUGAGGAGUGGCUGACCCACGUAUCUCAUGUCAGGAAAGCACUUACCUGUCAGGGAGACUUUCCCUUCCUCCUCCUGUGAAGAUCCCAGGUCUUAAGGUGUGCUUCAGUCACAUAAGGACAGUUCACUGUUAACAUAGCUCUCUGUGAAACUCCACCCUGGGGUGGCAAUGCUGAGCACAGGGUAUUUACAGCUGCAUAAUCUCCAGUCUGCUGGGAGAGGCCGCAGUGGAAUCCACUUUGUGUUGGUGCUCUGGGACACAUCUUUGGAGGACUGAUACAGAUGCUGUUCAUCUCAGUAGGUUUGUUUUCUGACUGAAGAAUCAAGCAGGGGUUUAUAGCCCAGGGGCUAAAAUGCUUCUCAAGAAAGCCUGGGGACCAGAGUUCAAGCCAUUAGAGCAAUGUAAAAAGGCUGUUUAGGGUGGGCCAUACCUAUAAUCUCGGCCCUGGGAAAGCCACGACCGCCAGUUCUCUGGGGCUUAGUGACUAGUUAGAGACCCUCUUGUGGUCAGUGAGAGACCUUGUUUCAGAAACAAACAAACAAACAAACAAAAAAACCACAACAAUAACAACACACACACACUCACGUUGUAUGAUAACUGUCAUAUUUCUUAGGUUAUUCAAUUUGCAGUAGUCCAGAAACCACCCUGGAGGGGAGCCUCGGUUGAUGAAUUGUCCCCUGAAGGCAUGCCUGUGCUGUAUUGCCUUCGCUGUUAAUUGAGGUGGGAGGAUCCACCCUGUAUAUGGCUGGUACCACUUCAUACGCUGGGCCACAACUGUGUAUAAAAAUAAGGAAGCCUAGUUGAUCAGAAGCAGGCAGACCCCAAGGGUCCAGUUUAUCCUCUGCUCUUGACUAUGGAUAUGAUGUGACUAGUGCUUAAGUUCCUGCCUCGACUUCUCCACAAUAAGGGACUGUGACCUGUGUUGUUGUUGUUGUUGUAUUUGGGGGGUGGGGUCAGGGUGCCUUCCCAGGGCAUCAGAGUAAAACUGGAACAAUGACACAUGUCUGUGAUCCCAGCACUUGGGGGACUAAGGCAAGGGGCCUGAGGAUUCAAGGACAGUUUGGACUUUGUUGUGAAAUCCCAUCCCAAACUGAAAAAUAAAUAAAAUAAAAGCAGUUGAGAUUCUG